CCCCUAUUGCAGAUACGGGACAAAAUGUUUUUGGUGGGAUUGACAGGUGGCAUUGCAUCAGGAAAAAGUACAGUAGUAGCUCUGUUGCAGGAACUGGGUUGUGCUGUUAUUGAUGCUGAUGUUAUAGCUCGGCAAGUGGUCCAGCCAUACUUCCAGGCAUAUCGGCGUAUUGUGCAUUCCUUCGGUCCAGAAAUUCUUUUGGAGAGUGGUGAGAUCAACCGUGAAGCUUUAGGAAAUAUAAUUUUUUCCCAACCAGAAAAACGUCAACUGCUAAACUCCAUCACUCAUCCUGAGAUCCAGAAGAAGAUGUUAAAAGAGAUCUUGAAAUACUUUGUCUUGG